CCCAAACGAACUGUUUCGCGUGCAUCGUUGUUGCUUCCAAAAUGUUAAACAAGUUUAGUUUGCGCAGACUCGAUCGGGCGAAGACUUGAUUUCAUGAUGAAUGAACAGCUCUCGGGCGCUCAGCACGCACGGACGCACGCACGGCCACGUAGCACAAGCAUCACCGGCUCAGAAACCACGCGGAGACACGGAGAGAGCACGGCGCUCAAGUGAGGGAUUUCAAUCCGACUGGCAUACGGCCCCGUGCCUGCAUUUCGGAAACGCAAACGUUCAUCCUCCCGCUGGCACGCUGGCUUCUCAGUCAAGGAAGUCUGCGGACGGGGCUCAAACAUGAACCAAAGCGCAGGAGCAGCGCAGCACAGUCGGAGAUACUCCAGUGAUGACAAGGAUGCUGGGCCUAUUGCAGCAGAUUGGAACUGGAAGGGCAUCGGUAUCGCCCUCCUUGUUAUUCUGGUAGUGCUUUCCCUCAUUGGACUAUCGAUUGUUCUGCUAUCAAAAGAAGACCGUGGAAAUUGUUUGGGAUCACAGUUGACACUGGAUGACAUCUUCCAAAGGAACUUCCAAAUACAAGAUCCUGAAGCAAAGUGGAUCAGUGAAAAAGAAAUCAUCUUUCGAAACUGGGGUGGAGACUUAUUGAAAAUUAACACAGAGAGCAACCAGACACAGCUCCUGCUGAAAAACACAACUUUUUCCACCUUUAAAGCCUCAAAGUUUGCAGUUUCUCCAGACCUGAACUUUAUUCUUCUGGGAUAUGAUGUCAAGCAGGUGUAUCAACACUCUUUCAUGGCAUCGUACCUAAUCUACAACCUGUAUACAAGGGAAGUGCUGGAGCUAAAUCCUCCAGAAGUCUCCAAUUCAGUCCUCCAGUUUGCUUCUUGGGGUGUUGGUGGUCAGCAGCUGAUAUACAUAUUUGAAAACAACAUUUACUACCAAUCAGAUGUUCAGAGCAGCUCUUGGAGACUCACGUCAUCUGGACAGGAGGGGGUCAUUUUCAACGGCAUUGCAGACUGGCUAUAUGAAGAGGAGGUUUUGCACACUCAAACAGCUCACUGGUGGUCACCUGAUGGCUCAAGACUUGCUUACCUGACCAUCAAUGACUCCCUAGUCCCAAACAUGCUCCUGCCAUGUUACAUGGGUUCUAUUUAUCCAAGGGGGAAAGAGUACCCAUACCCAAAGAUGGGUCAAAUCAAUCCCACUGUAAGCCUUUAUGUUGUAAUUCUUGAUGGCAGCUCCCAAACAACUACACUGUUACCACCGGACAGUCUCGUGAAGAGUCAAUACUACAUCACUAUGGUGAAAUGGGUGACAGUGGACAAACUUGCUGUGCGCUGGUUAAAUCGGGCACAAAACAUGUCCAUUCUUACACUCUGUGUCAUAUCUACUAAUAAAUGCACAAAGAUACAAGUGAUGAUGUCAGAUAAGUGGCUCGAUCGACAGAAUGACGAGCCAAUGUUUUCAAAGGACUGUACGAUAUUCUUCACGACGCUGCCAAUAAAACACGUUGUACUUGGAGCAUUCCACCACGUGACCAUGAUCUCCAACCGAGGAGAUGACAUCAAACUUCGCCCCUUGACUUCAGGAAGCUGGGAGGUCUCCCAAAUUCUGGGCUAUGAUGAGAGCACUAAAUCUGUUUACUUCCUAAGCAAAGAGACUGGCACAGCACAACAACAGUUAUACAGGGUCUUAGCUGUGGAACCGUUUCAUAAACAAUGCCUCACCUGCUCCCUCUUCAAGUCACAGUGUACUUACUAUGACGCUGUGCUCAGUACAAACUAUCAGCAUGUUCUUCUCCAAUGUAGAGGCCCUGGAAUACCCCAAACUACUCUGCACAGAUUCAAGAAAAUGAAAGACUAUAUGACUCUGGAGAAGAACACAGUAUUACAACACGCUCUGAUCAACCGAAAAUUACCAAAACGGGAAAAAAGAACUGUACAAAUCAACAAUGUUGCUCUUCCUAUGGAGUUAAUUGUCCCCAAUGAUUUCGAUGAAACGUAUAAGCAUCCACUUCUCCUUAUUCUUGGCAGCGCCCCCGGUGGUCAGACUGUGAGUGACCGCUUCAGCAUCAAUUGGGAUUCGGUGCUUAUCAGUUUGGAGAACGUCAUCGUGGCUCGUCUGGACGGUCGAGGCAGCAGCUUCCAGGGCCAGAGGGUCCUGGAAGAGGUCCACCGGCGACUGGGCACUGUUGACGUUGCGGACCAGAUCGCAGCUGUAAAACACCUCAUCAAGCUCCCAUACAUCGAUGGGACUAAAGUUGCAGUUUAUGGAAAGGCAUAUGGGGGAUUUCUUACAUCGAUCCUAUUACUCUCCUUCAGCUCAACUUUCAGCUGUGGAAUAGUGGUCGCUCCAAUAGUAAAUUGGAGAUUUUAUGGGUCUGCUCUCACUGAGAAAUAUUUUGGAUAUCUGCCGAAAGAAGAACCCAAGUACCAGGUUUCAAGUCUGCUCGGUAACAUCACAGGAGAAGUAAGAUCACAGGACAAGUUGAAAUUUCUUAUCAUCCAUGGCACAGCAGAUGCUACUGUUCAUUUCCAGCACUCUGCUGAGUUGAUCAAACUCCUGUCUGCAUCUAAUGUUAACUACACUCUGCAGAUUUUUCCAGAUGAAGGACACAAUAUUGUGUCUGUCAAGAGCCAGCGCUAUAUGCUAAACUCAGUGAUCACCUUCUCCAAAACCUGCUUUGAGGAGGAAAGGCUUGUCCACCAGCAGAAAUCUAAGGAUGAUGAGUAAGAUGGAGACUUGCCUGCAGGAAAACCGUUGUGCAGAUCCAGGAAUGUAGCACUUUUGCACUCCCUCCUGAAUCGCUGAUAUCGUCGAAAGCGACCUAAAAGGAUUUGUGAAAACAUACAGCCAAAUGAAGCACAUCAUUAUUUUUGCUUGAAGCAUGACAAUUUCAUGAUGGCUAUGAUAGUUAUUGAUGUUUAAUUGCAUUAACCUUGUUCUUUGUCUUCAUGUUGUCUGUGCAAAUAUUAAGGCUCUGCUGAAAAGAAAAUUAGUACAUCAUGAGAAAAAAAGUCAAUAACGUGGUAACGCUCCGAGAAUAAUGUUGUGAUGUUAUGAGGAUGUUUUAGUACCAGGAUGUCAGCAUUUCCUUUUCAAUAUUAUUUUCAUGGUAACUCACUUUUUGUUUUUUUUGUGAUCAUCAUUAGUUUUGGGAGAAACAACCUCUUAUUCUGUUCUUGGCUGGCUUCCAGGCUGAAUUUAAUCGCAUUUUCAUAUAGCAGUUUAUAUGUACAGUAAUCCCUUACUAGAUCAUGUUUCACUUAUUGUGUAUUCAGUUCAUCAUAGAUUUUAUUUUGUUUUGAUCAUUGUAGUACCGUUACUCACCUGCACAUGUCUUGUACAUUUAGCAUUAUUGGCUAUUCAGUUAUAAUGCAGCAGCAGUAAAAGUUUCUACAAAUGAUUUCACAAAGCAAAGCAAAUGUAUUUAUACAUGAUUAAAAGCAUUUAAAAACAAAGAAAAAAAGAGUUUAUAAACAAAAAAAAUAAUAAAAAAAAUACAAUUAAAACAGUGUACAGUGCAAGAAAUAAUCAUUGAAAAGUGCAAGUGCUCUAAAAAGCAUGAGAAAAAAGAAGGAGGAGGUGACAGGGACGGUGGACGAAUCCCGCGAACAUGUAGCGCGUGGCUGCGACUGCACUGAUAAAAAAAAAAAGAGUCCUUUGAAUUUACUCAUUUGAAGAUGUACAUCGGUUGCACAUGAUUCAAAUGUGUUGAAAUGACAUCAUUUACCCCUCUUCUCCUAAAAAACUAA